GGCGGUAUGCACCUUAACAAUGUGGUUUGGAUGAGAGAAGAAGAAGAAGAAGUGAACUCCAGGGUGCCCACGAAGAAGAAGAAGGAGAGGAAGAAGAAGCAGGAGACACGCGCAGAUACUUCCUGGUGGCAUUAGCAUCACCUCAGUAUUCAUUAUGCUAACUCCUGCAUUUGAUCUGAGUCAAAACCCGGACUACCUGACCCUCAACAUCCGAGUGCCCUACACCAGGACGUCUGAGUUUGAUCUGGAUAUCGAUGGAUCAGACUUCAAGUUCUAUGCCAAACCAUAUUUCCUGAGGUUAUCUCUUCCUGGAAGAAUAGUGGAAGAUGGGAGAGAAAAGGCCAAGUUUGACAUUGAUAAAGGUCUCUUCACUGUUCAGUUACCCAAAGAAACAUCUGGAGAACACUUUGAGGGACUUCAGAUGCUGACAAGUCUCCUAGCCCCUAAUGGUUCCCGCUCAGCAAAACCAUUCGUCGAGGUCUUAAGUUCUGAAUGCAGUGAAAGUGCAGAAAAGGAUGAUGAAGAUGAAGAAGAGGAAAUGAACUGGCAUUUUGAACAGGAGGUGUACAAAGAGAGCUCUGAGGAGAAGCAGAAAUAUGGCUUUGGAAAUCAACGGACUGGAGUGUUUGCAAGAUUACAGGAAGAAUUGAGCCAUGUUAUUGAUGUCAAGAACCCAGAAGACACUACUGCAGCAGAGAGGAGGCAGAGACGGCUGCAAGAAGAGGCAUGUGCCUUUUCUCCUGACCACUACCUUGCUGACUUGUUUGAAGAUGAGGAAAUCAAGAUGCUGUUGAAGUAUAAGCCAUGGUGGGAAAAGCUGACUCCUUCAAAGCUGGAGGAGGAAACUUCCAUAUCCUUUACGGACGAUGAGAAACAACAGCUGAGGAAAUUCAACAAUCGUUCGUACCUGCUAGACAAGACGGCUUGUUGCCAAGUGUGGCUCAGCCUUGUGGACAUCCUGCUGGCUUAUUCCUAUGAAGUGCGCUCUACAGAGGGUGAGCACAAUGUAGAGUCACCUUGGACCAUCAGAAAGCUCAGCGGGACUCUUUGCUGGCUCGAGAUGUACAGCUGCAUUCCAGAAGUCCUGGUGUCAUUUGGACGGAGGGUUUUGUGCUACCCUCUCCACAGACACUUUGCCAUGAUCUCUGCAGCCCUCUCUGACACAGCAAGGAUUUUGAUGCAGGGGAAAGCUUGUGUCCUGAGAUGCCUGCUGCAUCUUCACAAGGUGUUCAGUGAGAACGACCCGGCCUACAUACUGAACGACCUGUACAUCACAGACUACUGCAUCUGGAUCCAGAGGGUGAAGUCGAAGAAGAUGACGGCCUUGGCCACAAUGUUACUGAACGCCUCCCUGCAGAAGAAAGACUUGGAGCUGGAACUCGUAGAGCUCGAGGAGGCAGCAGCAAUGGUGAUUGAGGAAGAAGAGGACACGCAGGGAGUUCUUGAGAGUGCUCUGAUAGCUCAUGAUGACACCAGGAGUUGUUCUAGUGACAGCGAGGAUGCUGAAGCUAAGGGGAAAGGCUGCAACAAAUCCAACCAGGGAGGUGGAGACUCGUCUAAGGACAGCCCUGUACAGCCCCAACCCAGCGCUCCUAUUCCCAAGGAUCUCACAAGUACAGUCUCAAAAGGCUCUAAACAGCUGAUCCAAGAGCUCCAGGAAAUGGUGUUAGAGGAGCGGACAGUCCCUCAAGGAUCCAGCUACAGAGCAGAAAGAAGCGGUUUGAGCCUGAACAAGGCUGAGGAGGAAACUGAAGAGACAACUAGUGGUACGACAUUCUUAGAGAUAAGUCCCAGGAGAAACCAACUGCUGGUUGUCCAGAAGCAGAAACAUCUUGAUGAGUGACGACGUCUGCUGACCAAAACUGAUGGAGAAGCAGAAAGACAUUUUAACAGUAUGAACUCAAUCUAGUGAACUCUUCUCUCUCUCUCUCUCUCUCUCUCUCUUUCAGUCAUUUCAUCUCUAUUUAGGAAUCUUUUUAUCUUACUGCGUCUUCCAUGUAUGAUCUCUGCUCCAAAAGAAGUAGUUUAUAAUAGUCUUUUCUUAAACUAUGAACUUGCUUAACCUUAUUAUGAUAAUAAUUAUGAGAUAUAUUUUUUAAUAUUUGAUGUGUUAUUAAUGAGAUUAUUGAUGCUUUAAAUGCCUGACCUGGCUACUUUUCUGGCUUUCCUUUAUUAAAUAAAUAAAAAGGAAGAAAAUGUACUUAACCA